AAAAGCAGUUCUCCCCCAGCAGUGUUUGGCACAGAAGCAGCAUAAAUCUUUAACUACCUUAAAACAUUUCCUUAGAUAUUGCCCUCUUCACAAUGGCAUUGAAAUCACCUAUCUCAGUCACAUUCUUGUGCUUAGUCUUGUUAGCACUAGCAAAUGGUUCUUAUGCUGGCAAAAUUACAACCUACUGGGGCCAGAAUGGCGACGAGGGCACGCUGGCCGAGGCUUGCGCCACGGGGAACUAUGACUAUGUGAUCAUAGCCUUUUUGCCAACCUUUGGCAAAGGCCAAACUCCCAUGAUUAAUCUUGCUGGUCACUGUGAUCCUCAUAGUAAUGAUGGAUGCACUGGCUUAAGCUCAGACAUCAAAUCUUGUCAAGCCAAAGGCAUCAAGGUAUUGCUCUCUUUGAGAGGAGAUGUUGGAAGCCCCUCAAUUGAUCCAAGCCAAGCAGCCACUUACCUUUGGAACAACUUCUUGGGGGGACACUCAUCAACCACUCGUCGUCCUCUUGGCUCUGCCGUUCUUGAUGGCAUUGACUUUGACAUUGAAGGUGGAUCAAACAAACACUGGGGUGAUCUUGCAAGGAUCCUUAAAGGGUACGGCAUGGCCAAACAAAGCAAGAAAGUGUACAUAACUGCAGCACCUCAGUGCCCAUUUCCUGAUGCUUGGAUAGGAAAUGCUCUCACAACAGGCCUUUUUGACUUUGUUUGGGUCCAAUUCUACAACAACCCUCCUUGCCAAUACAAUUCUUCUGGGGCAAUUAGUAACCUUGAAGAUGCAUGGAAGCAAUGGAUCACAAGUAUCCCUGCCAACAAGAUAUUCUUGGGGUUACCGGCUUCGCCACUGGCUGCAGGAAGUGGCUUCAUUCCUUCUGCUGAUCUUAUUUCCAAUGUGCUUCCAGCCAUUAAGGGUUCUUCUAAAUAUGGAGGUGUUAUGCUGUGGUCAAGGUAUUAUGAUGUUCUGAGUGGUUACAGCUCUUCUAUUAAGAAGUAUGUUUGAAAUCCAAUAAUUCUUGUAACUCAUUAAUUAUAUAUGUAUGGAUUGUUAAACUAAGUUACUGAUCUAAACAUGCUCUCUGUCCAAAUAAUACAUUCAGAUCAAAGUAAGUGGAAGCAUAA